AUGUCGCUCAAGAUCAAUGGUUUCAACGUUGAAGUGGCCCCAGCUAUCACGCCCGGGGCCAAGGAGAGUGGUCCCUACGAUCCUCUGAACCCUUCAGUCACGGAACUGCCAAAGGGCCACAAACGUGCUCCUGCAAGCAGGGCUUUCGAGGCUGAUACCCUUUUCGAGAAGGAUAUCGCCAUUCCCCUGCGUGAUGGCCUGAAGCUAUACGUAGAUGUGUUUCGUCCCAAAACCGACAGCAAGGUUCCAGCGAUCCUGAUCUGGAGCCCCUACGGCAAGACCGGAAAUGGUCCUCACGGACUUGGGAUGAUUCCUGGUAGAUUCGGGGUUCCCGAGAGCCAAGUUAGCGGUUACGAGAAAUUUGAAGGUCUUGACCCUGCGGUUUGGACCGCCAGGGGCUACGCUAUCGUCAACGCUGAUUUACGAGGGUCUUGGGACUCUGAAGGAAUCGUCCCCUGGGUUGGCAAGCAAGACGGCCAAGACGGUUACGAUGCCAUUGAGCAUAUUGCGAAACUUCCCUGGUGCACAGGUAAGGUAGCGAUGGGAGGAAACAGUUGGCUCGCCAUGGUUCAAUGGCAGAUUGCAUCCCAGAAUCCUCCGUCCCUGGUUGCUAUUGCGCCCUGGGAGGGUAACGCGGAUUUCUACCGCGAUACCCUUGCCCGCGGUGGAGUGCCAUAUCCUUAUGACGCCAUGUGGAAAGUGCUCCAAGAUUCCAUGGUCGGACGACAAGGCGCUGAGGCUUCCAUCAGCAUGUUGAAACAGUAUCCCCUGUACAAUGAAUAUUGGGACGACAAGAACGUCAAGCUUGACAAGAUCAAAGUUCCCGCCUACGUUCUUGCUAGUUUCUCGUCUGCACUUCAUACCACUGGUUCCGUGCGAGGCUAUCACGAUAUCUCUUCCAAAGACAAGUGGCUUCGUAUCCACGCCAGACAAGAGUGGUCUGACUUGUACCACCCGGAUAACGUGGAUGAUUUGACCAAAUUCUAUGACUACUUCGUCAAGGGCAUUAAGAACGACUGGAAGAACACAGAGAGAGUGAGAGGCUCUCUCGUUGGUUUCAACCAGCCAAAUCUCGUCAACAUCCCCCUCGAGUCUUACCCCAUCCCAAACACCAAAAACACUAAGCUUUACCUAGGUUCUGGCGAGAAACUUGUAUCAUCCCCCCAGAAAGAAGCAGAAGCUCUGUCGUAUGACGCUGCAUACAUUCCAAAGCAUCCGCUCCAGGGCGGCGAGGAGCUACUUUUCAGAUACAAGAUUCCCAAGAAAACAUGGCUUGUCGGCUACUCAUGGCUUAACAUUAGCAUCUCUAAUGACAGCGAUGACGAUAUUGAUGUUUUCGCCCAAGUCGGUAAGCAAGACGCUUCUGGCGAGCAGCUGGUCAACAUGAACGUUCCUCUGAAGGAGCUCAUCCCUCCUGUUGGCCAUCACACAGAGGCUGCCGACACAUGCUUCCUCAAGUACUUGGGACCUACUGGAUCUCUGAGAGGAAGCCACGCCAUCACAAAGGUUGAUCCCAAGCCUGGGAAAUUCACUGGCGAGUGGCCUGAGUACACCAACACUGCCCGCAAGGCCAUUCCUGCUGGUACUGUGACGAAGCUAGAGGUGCCAAUCUGGCCGACAGGAAUCGUCUUUGAGGAGGGCGAGUACCUGACAUUGAAGGUGUCUGGCCAUUACAUGAGCUUUAUGGAGUUUGACUUCUUGCAAGGAGCUUCCCACGCCAACAAGGGCCGUCAUACUGUUCAUAUCGGAGAUGUCUCGGAUAGCUACCUGGUCGUCCCUCUCUUAGAUCCCCUCGUCUAG